CUUCUAUAACAAAGAAGACAAAUUAUCCUCAUUCCCAGCAACAGACCUGCAGAAACCAAGGUGACAAUCCCUGAAAAAAACAGAAAGAGGUGGAUACUAACUUCCAACUUUGGUUUAAAUGCUGCAUGUUUUGCUCUCAGGUAGAGGAAUAACAGGAUGAACUCUGCAAAAUCUUUGGCAUUCUACCUUCACUUCAUACUAACAUUAGAAUAUAGAGGUGUGAUUGGUGGAAAAAGAACAGGAUUUCGUCAAAACUCAGUGCAGAGUCAGCGGAUUUUUUAUCCUUUUGGGGCAGCCAAUGAAGACAUUACAACCCCCAAAGUAGAUGAUGGAAGCUCCCCAGAGAUCCAGAUAGACGUUCCCUUCAUUUUCUUUGAGACAUCUUACAGAGCAGUGUAUGUAAAUAAUAAUGGAGUGAUCUCCUUUCAAGUACCUGUCAGCCAGUUUACACCUGAAGCCUUUCCUCUCUCUGAUGGUCGCUCCUUCAUUGCACCUUUUUGGGCAGAUGUCCACAAUGGGAUUCGGGGUGAAGUGUAUUACCGUUCAGAGCGUGAUCCAGAGGUCCUAGAAAGAGCCAGCCAUGAUGUUAAGAAAUAUUUCCAUGAUAUGCAUUCCUUUUCAGCCUCUCUAGUUUUUAUUGUGACAUGGCACCAAGUGACCUUCUACGGGGGAAGCUCAACCACACCAGUGAACACAUUCCAGGCUGUCCUGAUUUCUGAUGGAAUCUCUGCUUUUGCUAUGUUUAACUAUGGAGAUAUUAACUGGACCACUGGAACAGCAAGUGGUGGAGAUCCUCUGACUGGCCUUGGUGGAGUUGCUGCACAGUCUGGAUUUAAUGGUGGGAACUUCACAAAUUAUUUUAGCAUCCCAGGUUCCAGAACUUCCGAAGUGGUCAACAUUGAGCUGACAAGUAAUGUAAAUCUGCCAGGCAGAUGGAUUUUUCGAACAGAUGGGAAAGCAAUUGAUCCAGCUAAUGGCUGCAGCCACAAAGGCCAGUUUCUCCGACCCGGUGAGGUAUUCUGGGAUAAUUCCAACUGCUCUGUUAAAUGCAGAUGCCUGGAUUUCAACAAUGAAAUUUAUUGUCAAUCAAUAUCGUGCAGCCCAUAUGAGAGAUGCGAAUCGAGGGAAGGGAUUUACAAGUGCGAGGCUUUAGAGACCAGUACAUGUGUUGUGUUUGGAGAUCCUCACUAUCACACUUUUGAUGGAUUACUUUAUCAUUUCCAAGGGACUUGCUCUUACAUAUUAUCUAGGCCUUGCUUGGAAGUGCCAAACCAGCCCUUCUUUAGUGUUGAAGCAAAAAAUGAAUACAGGGUCAGUGCUGCUGUCUCCUGGCUAAAACAUGUCUUGGUGACUGUUCACUCUCACCGAAUUCUUAUCCCAAAAGGAAGCUUUGGCAAAGUAGAGGUAGAUGGAUUUAUGAGUUCUUUGCCUGUUCAGCUGGAUAUGGGAGCAGUUAAAGUCUAUCAAAGUGGCCUUGCAACUGCAGUAGAAACUGAUUUUGGUUUACUGGUAACAUUUGAUGGUCUGCACUAUGCCUCAGUUGCUCUACCAAGCACUUACUUCAAUAACACUUGUGGGAUGUGUGGAAACUACAAUGGGAACCCCAGAGAUGACACAUUACUUCCUAAUGGAAGCCUUGCCGAAUCGCUUGUUGCACUGGGUCAUAGCUGGCGGGUUGAUGACUUAGACUGGAGAUGCACAGACGGGUGCUGGCAGAACUGCAGUAUUUGUGAAUCUCCACUGGAGUCCUUAUAUAUGAGUCCUGACUAUUGUGGAAUAAUGAAUAGGUCUGAUGGUCCAUUUCGUGAAUGUAGGACAAUGGUGGACCCUACAGGCUUUAUUAAGAGUUGUGUUUAUGAUUUGUGCAGUAACAAUGACAUCGCUACUUUGUGUCAAGCAAUCCAGGCAUAUGCUCUUGCCUGUCAAUCUAUAGGGAUUACUGUCCGACACUGGAGGUCAAACACUUUUUGUGCAUUGACCUGCCCUGAAUUCAGUCAUUAUGAAGUUUGUGCCAACAGCUGCCCCCCAUCCUGCUCUGACCUCACUUCUUACCUAGACUGCAGCCACCCUUGUUCAGAAAGCUGUGUAUGUGACCGAGGCUACGUGCUCAGCAGGAAUCAGUGUGUUCCCAUAAGUGAGUGUGGCUGCGAGUGGGGUGGCUAUUACUAUGCCAUAGGUGAUGUUUUUUGGACCACUGCAGACUGCAAACAGAUAUGCAAAUGUGAGGCAGGAGGAGAGAUCACAUGCAUAAAUAAGACAUGUCCAGAGGGGGAAGUAUGUGCGGUAGAAAAUGGCUACAGAGGAUGUUAUCCUAAAAGACGUGGAACAUGUACAGUGAACCCAAACCAACUAUUAACAACAUUUGAUGGAGUCAGCUUCCCUGUUCCAGAUGGUGAUACCUACCUGUUACUAAAAACUUGUACAGUGAACAGUUCCUAUAUAGAAAUUAAGGUUGGUCCAAAGAAAGGUGAAGGAACCCUGAAGGCACUUCGAGCUCUAAACAUAAACAUGGCAGAACUGGAAAUCAGAAUUGGAGACACAGAUCCUCCAGUAAUAAAGGUAAAUAAGUCUGCAUUAUCUUUGCCCUUUAUUCAUAACUCCGGGAAGGUGGCCAUUUAUAACACUAGAAACAGCACAGUUAUUGAAUCACUAAUCGGCCUGCUUAAGAUCCAGCUUUCUAGCUUAGGACAGCUAAACAUUAGCCUUUCGACUGUUUACUACAACUGUACUGAGGGAAUCUGUGGCUAUUUUAAUGGAAAUGACAGUGAUGACUUUCGGCUCCCUAAAGGCAAAUUUACAGAAAAUGUUGUCCUUUUCCUACAAAACUGGAAGAUCACAGAUGGGGUGACGUGCAAUGGAUUAUGCUUCAGUUUGCCUGAGGCAUGCAAUAAUGACACAGAACUGCUGAUGUACUAUCAGAGUAGCUCUGUCUGUGGGUUUAUUACUGCUGUGAAGAAUAGUUCCUUUUUGGAUUGUCAUGGAGUUGUAAAUGCUUCUGAUUACUUCCGCGACUGCUUGUAUGCAAUGUGCAACACUGAGGGGAACCUUACAUCUUUGUGCCGUUCCAUUGAUGCAUACGCCACCGCCUGCAGGGAGGCAGGAGCUACUGUUGGACGCUGGAGAAGCACUUCUUUUUGCCCUCUUCAAUGCCCAGAGAACAGCCAUUUUGAGGAAUGCACCAGUCCCUGCCCAGUGACAUGCCAUGCGCUCUAUCCUGAUCAGGCAUGUUCUGCACCAUGCGUGGAAGGUUGUCAGUGUGAUGAUGGUUUUGUUCUUCAUGAAUCUGAAUGCAUCCCUCGGAGAGACUGCGGGUGUUAUUUUCAAGGUCAGCAACUCGCCAACAACCAAACCUUUUGGAAUGAUAUUGAUUGCCUUUUCCUGUGUCGCUGUAAUGGUUCUGACAAUAUACUGUACUGUGAAGAGAUGCCAUGUAAGGAGGGUGAAUAUUGUUCAGAAGAAAAUGGCUUAUAUUUCUGUCAACCACGAACAGAUGCCUCUUGCAUUGUCUCUGGUUAUGGCCACUAUUUAACGUUUGAUGGACUGUCAUUUGAUUUCCAGAGCAGCUGUCCCUUAAUUCUUUCCACUUUUUACUCUCCAGAAAGUCUUGAAAGUUUUCCCCGAUUUUCAGUAAUGGCAAAAAAUGAAGAUCGAGACUCCUCAUCGGCACUGUGGGUUAAACAAGUGGAAGUGCAAGUUUACCAUUAUAAUAUUGUGAUAGCCAGGGCCUACAAGCACACUGUUAUGGUUAACAAUGAACGCCUUUACCUACCUCUCAAACUUGGUCAAGGGAGAGUAAACAUCUUUGCAUUUGGUUUCCAUAUUGUAGUAGAAACUGAAUUUGGUCUUAAAGUUGUUUAUGACUGGAACACAUUUCUGUCUAUUACCAUCCCACUGUAUCUGCAAAACAGCACACGUGGGCUCUGUGGACAAUAUAAUGGAAACCCUAAUGAUGAUAUGGAAACUUUUGAUGGGCACUUAACUUCUAACAUUAAUGAGUUUGCCCAAAGCUGGGCAAAGAGAGAUACGUUUUGCAAGGUGGGCUGCAGAGAGAACUGCCUGUCAUGUGAUCAUGACGAAGAAUAUACUGAAGCUUGGCAAGUUUGUAACUUGAUUUCACACAGGGCUGGAGUUUUUACCAGAUGCCAUGGUAAAAUUGAUCCACGGUUCUUUCACCAGAACUGCAUUUUGGAUUCUUGUAUUGAUCAAGGAACAACAGAGACUGUGUGCAGUUGGCUGCAGAACUAUGCAAGUGCCUGUCAGACUCAAGGAAUUGCUGUCACUGGCUGGAGAAAUGCCACACCAUGCUCUCUCACCUGCCCUCCAUACAGCCACUAUGUAAACUGUAUGACUGUUUGCCAGCCACGUUGUGCUGCGAUUCGUUUGAAAAGUGAUUGCAACCACUAUUGUGUGGAGGGCUGUCAGUGUGAUCUGGGCUAUGUCUUAAAUGGGAAGAGCUGUAUCCUCUCGCAUAACUGUGGCUGCUACUCUGAUGGCAAAUACUAUGAGCCGCAGCAAUUUUUCUGGAACAGUGACUGUACUAGACGCUGCCGCUGCAUUGGAAGAAAUCUUAUCCAGUGUAACCCCCGGCGCUGCAAAUCAGAUGAGGACUGCGCUCUCAGAAAUGGGGUUCGAGGAUGUUUCAGUAGAAAAAGUUCACAUUGCAUUGCUGCUGGAGGAGGAGUCUUCCAAACAUUCGAUGGCGCUUUCCUUCGGUUUCCUGCUGCAUGUUCCUUUAUCCUGUCUACAAUCUGCCAUAAGCUGCCAGAUAUUUCUUUUCAGCUCAUCAUUAACUUUGAUAAAUGGUCAUCGCCCAACCUGACUAUAAUUUCACCUGUCUAUUUCUAUAUUAAUGAAGAACAGAUUCUUAUCAACCACCACAACACAGUCAAGGUCAAUGGAAGCGUUGUAACUAUUCCAUUUAUAACUGGACUUGGAAUCAAGAUCUACAGCUCUGAGGGGUUUCUUGUGAUUGACACAAAUCAGGACAUCCAGAUAAAAUACAAUGGAUUCAAUUUCCUUAAAAUCACUAUCAGUGAACGACUGCAAAAUAAAGUAUGUGGCCUGUGUGGAAACUUCAAUGGAGACCCCUUUGAUGAUUAUGUGACCCUGAGAGGAAAACCAGUUGUGAGCAGUGUGGGAUUGGCACAGAGCUGGAAAACAAAUGGCAUGCAAAUCAGCUGUGAUGAAAUGUAUUACGCCAGUUUAAUUCAAACCUGCAACAAUUUCCAGAUCCAGAGAUUUCAGAGUGACGGGUACUGUCAAAAACUGACGGACAUGAAAGGAUUUUUCCAGCCUUGCUAUGGACUACUUGAUCCAAUUCCAUUUUAUGAGUCAUGUUACCUAGAUGGUUGCUAUAACAAUGAGAGAAUUCAGCUCUGUGCUUCCCUUGCUGCAUAUGGAGAGGCGUGCCGAUCCUUUGGAAUUCUAAGCACUAAGUGGAUUGAGAGGGAAAAUUGCUCAGGAGUGAUUGAGGAUCCUUGUGUUGGAUCAGACUGCCCCAACAGAAGCUGUGAAGUGGAAAAUGGGGAAGGACUGUGUUGUAGUGAAAACCUACCAGGAGAUACAGACAUCAUCCAAGCCGAUGUUACAUGCAAAGCAUAUCAGAUGGAGGUCUCUAUUUCCAAGUGCAAAUUGUUCCAGCUUGGGUUUGAGAGAGAGGGUGUUCGCAUCAAUGACAAACAUUGUCCACUGAUAGAAGGGGAAGAUUUUAUCUCCUUUCAGAUUAACAAUACCAAAGGGAAUUGUGGUAACAUUGUACAGUCUAAUGGGACUCAUAUCUUGUAUAAAAACACAGUCUGGAUCGAAACAGCAAACAACACAGGAAGUAUCAUUACACGUGAUAAAACCAUCAAUGUCGAAUUUUCUUGUGCAUAUGAACUGGAUAUCAAAAUCUCCUUGGAUACUGUAAUCCGUCCAAUGCUAAGUGUUAUUAAUCUGACUAUUCCAACAAAAGAAGGUAGCUUUGUCACAAAGAUGGCAUUGUACAAGAAUGCCUCCUACAAGUAUCCAUACAGAGAAGGUGAAGUUAUACUGACAACUCGGGAUGUAUUGUAUGUUGGUAUCUUUGUUGAAGGAGCAGAUUCUACACAGUUGAUCUUGAUCAUCAACAAAUGCUACGCAACUCCUUCACGAGACAGUAAUGACAAGCUACGAUACUUCAUCAUUGAAGGAGGAUGUCCAAACAUAAAGGAUGCCACUAUUGGUGUUGAAGAAAAUGGUGUGUCCUUGACCAGCCGUUUCCAUGUGACAGUAUUUAAAUUUAUUGGGGAUUACAGUGAAGUUCACCUACACUGUGCCGUCUCACUCUGUGACUCAGAAAAAUACUCCUGCAAAAUUAGCUGUCCGCAUCAAUCAAGGAUGUAUACGGAAUACAACAAGGAGCCCAAAGAACAAAUUCUGUCAGUUGGACCCAUAAGAAAAAAACAGUCUGAUUGGUGUGAAGACAGCAAUGGGGGCUGUGAACAGAUCUGUACAAGUAAAGUAGAUGGGCCAAUGUGUAGUUGUGUCACAGGCACACUGCAACGAGAUGGUAAAAGUUGUAGAGCCUCCAGUUCCUCAAGACAAUCUUGGCCCGUACCAGUCCUUGUGAUAUUAAGUACAAUAACAACAUUGUUUCUAGCACAUAUACUGUACAGUGAAACACUAUAUUACUGGUAACAUCCAGAUUACAUGCAUCAUUAUUACUAUUCUGGCUACUAAGCUUUGUAGAAUUUGGUGGUUGACAAAUGAAAUCUAUACCCAUUACAGAUCAUAGUACCAUCCUACAGGACUGUAAAUAAACAUUCAUAUAUAUCAUCACACUCCUUUAUGAUAACAAAAAAGUUAAAAUCAUAUACAACAAUCAAAUCUGUGAUGCUUUGCACAUAUAUAAUAAUUUACAAAAGAAAUACCAAGUCUAAAUAAUCACAAUUGGAAUUAUAUGUAAAGAAUGAAUACCUAUUAUUAAUGGUUACCUAGCACAGAGUUCACCAGUGUCCUUGCAACUAAAAGUCAAAUACAGCAUACCUUUGAAAAGUAUCCAGACCAUAGUAAACGUUUCCAUAUCUCUUGUACAAAUAAAGUGAAAAUAAAAACAAGAUAAUGUGCUCUCCACUGGUAUUGUGAAGACAUGUUAGUAAUAGUGGCUCAAGAAAAACAUGUUAAACUUGAAAAUAAAUCC